AUGUACCAAAAGUUAAUGGUUCCUUCGAGGGGGUUAAUGUUAAUGCGAAUGCGAAUGCGCCCAUUCAUAUUAUGUGGCAUAACUCCUCAAUCUUUCUUUGUUCCACGACAUUAUUCUUCUUUCAAUACCAAAUCCGACUCUGAUUCCAAUUCCAAUAUCAACUCCAAGUCCAACUCCAAUAUCGACUCCAAGUCCAACUCCAAGUCCAAGUCCAAGUCCAAUUCCAAUUCCAAUUCCAAUUCCAAUUCAAAGUCCAAUUCAAAGUCCAAAUCUAUCUUCAAGUCCAACUCUACCUCCAAUACAAAGUCCGACUCCAAAUCCAACUUUAAAUCCAAUAUAAGUUCCAUUGGUGACCCCAUCGAAGUAUCGAACUUCAUAGAGCACGCUACCAAUCCAACAAAUAAAUCCCAAAUCUACAUAUCACGAACGGAUGAUCCAUACAUCAAUCUCUCCAUUGAACAUUACCUUCUGCAGAAGACUCCCGCAGAUUCUACUGUCCUGUUCCUCUAUACCAAUCGAAACAGCAUAGUAAUUGGACGAAACCAAAACCCUUGGAAUGAAGUGAAUCUCAACCUACUCAAAUACUCGCCUAUUGGGGAAAUAGAUUUGGUUCGACGACGUUCGGGCGGAGGAACGGUCUUCCACGAUAGUGGAAAUGUCAAUUACUGUGUCAUAUGCCCUACAUCGCAUUUUGAUCGCGACAAACAUGCUGAGAUGGUAGUGAGAGCUUUACAUAAACUUGGGGCUGAACGGGCCAUAGUUAAUCCUCGACAUGAUAUUGUUUUAAAGCCAACGCACAAGACCCAUAAAGAUUUCAGAGUUAUCAAGAUUUCGGGUUCAGCAUAUAAGUUGACGAGGGAAAGGUCUCUUCAUCAUGGAACUUGUUUACUCACUUCUCCAAAUAUUGAACAGAUUUUUAAACUCUUGAGGUCUCCUGCCUUCAGGUUUGUCACAGCUCGUGGUGUUGACAGUGUCAAUUCUACGGUUGGAAAUGUUAAUGUCAAAAAUAAAGUAUUUGAGAAAGCAGUAAUAGCGGAGUUUUGUGAGAUGUAUGGUCAUCAAGAACCAAUCAUUGUACAUGCAAAUGUCAAAUCAAUUCCUGAGAUUGCCAAGGGUGUGGAAGAGCUUACUUCUCCAGAUUGGAUAUUUUCGCAAACUCCCCAAUUCACACUCUCAACAGAUCAAUCACAUAAGUUUAAAAAGGAUCGAAUUGUGCUCCCGAAAGACUUACCACCGCAAUUCAAAGCAGUCUUUACGGCACGAAAUGGAGUUAUCACCGAGGCAGACAUCCAAUAUGAAGUAGAUAAUGAAAUGGUUCAAAUUGGGGAGAUACUAGUAGGCAAAAAGUUACAUGAAAUCGAGUGGAAUAGGUUUCCCCAAGAAAUUGCCGAGGAACCUAUGAAAUGGCUUAGCAAAUUGUUUGCUCACAAGAAGUCAGAUUGGAGAACGGAUCGACGAAGGAAUUUUGACGACUCCCAGCUUAACGGUUAA